UCCUGAGCCAUGGCUAGUGUUCUCCUUGUUGCUCUCCUCUUACUCAUCCCAAUUAUCUUUCUGCUAAAACGAACCAAACCAUCCAAAAGGGUCCCUCCAGGUACACUUGGAAUUCCCAUUAUCGGUCAAAGUCUUGGCUUUCUUCGUGCUAUGCGAUCCAACACUGCAGAAAAAUGGAUUGAAGACAGAAUAAACAAGUAUGGUCCUAUUUCAAAGCUAAAUAUCUUUGGAAAACCAACUGUUUUGAUUCAUGGACAGGCUGCAAAUAAGUUUAUAUUUGCCAACAGCGGUAACAAUAUUGUUAACCAGCAAACAAAGUCUACUAAGAUGAUAUUAGGUGAAAGGAACUUGCUUGAACUGAGUGGCAAAGAUCAUAGCAGAGUUAGAGGUGCACUUGUCUCAUUCUUGAAGCCGGAAUCUUUGAGACACUAUGUCGGUAAAAUUGAUGAAGAGGUUAGAAGCCACCUUCAGAUGCAUUGGGAAGGGAAACAGCAGGUCAAGGUAUUGCCCCUGAUGAAGACUCUAACUUUCAACAUAAUUUGCUCUCUUCUGUUUGGUCUUGAGAGUGGAAAACAAAGAGAUCAACUCAUGAAUCCUUUUCGAGCAUUGAUUAAAGGAGUGUGGUCAGUCCCAAUCAAUGCACCCUUCACAAGCUACAACCGCAGCCUCAGGGAAAGUACAAGGAUACAAAACUUGUUGAAGGAGAUUGUGCGCCAGAAGAAAGUUGAACACGAGAAAAAUGGCGCGAAAUCCCGCCAAGACUUGAUUAGUUGCUUGCUUAGCAUGGUUGAAGAUGGUAAACAAGUUUUGACUGAGAAGGAAAUCAUCCAUAAUGCUAUGCUUGUCAUGGUUGCGGGGCAUGACACGUCAGCUAUUCUAAUCACUUUCAUUAUCCGGCUCUUGGCUAACGAUCAAGAUAUUUGUGCAGCUGUUCUUCAAGGUAGAGAAAUCUAUGUAUUUGAUUAUAUGUUUGCACUUGCAGAACAGGAAGAAAUAGCGAAAGGCAAGGUCUUGGGAGAGACUUUAACAUGGCAAGACAUUUCAAAGAUGAAAUAUACUUGGAGAGUAGCAAUGGAAACUCUUAGAAAGUUUCCUCCUAUUUUUGGUGGAAUCAGAAAAGCAACAACAGAUAUUGAAUACGGUGGAUACAUUAUACCCAAAGGGUGGCAGAUCUUUUGGGUCACAUCAAUGACUCACAUGGACAACAAAAUAUUCCCAGAGCCAUCAAAGUUUGAUCCAAGUAGAUUUGAAAAUCAAGCAUCUACGCCACCCUAUUGCUAUGUUCCAUUUGGAGGGGGAGCAAGAAUAUGUCCAGGUUACGAGUUUGCUAAGAUUGAAACUCUUGUGGCAAUUCAUUACCUUGUGACAAAGUUCAGUUGGAAGCUACUUUCAGACAAUUCCUUCAGCAGGGAUCCAAUGCCAACACCAUCUCAAGGUCUAUUGAUUGAACUUUGCCCAAGGAAACUAUCUUAGCUCUCAGUCAACAACUUCUGGUCCCCCUCAUAAGAUUUUUACUAGAAUAGUGUGUUAUGUAGAUUAGUGUAUAUCUUGUGCUCAACUUCAAUGUAAACUUUUAUAGUUAAAAUCUUAUUAGGAGGAUAUGUACUAUAUUGCAUAAUGUACAGAUAUUCA